GCGGCCAUAGCGGAGGGGAGGAGCCGCUCGCUGGCCCCCUCAGACCCUGCGGAAGCCCCCGCCGAGGGGCGGCCAAACGCCUCCCCACUGCCGCGCCCGCUUUCCUGCGGAGGCGGGGCUUGGAGCUCAUCCGGUUCAGCAUCAAAUAGUACAUGCAUAAAAUUACAUACAGAGUCCCAAAGAUGUCAGGUAACAUAUAUUCAAAAGAAGAUGCUAAAGAAGCAAACAACGGAUGUCACAGUGAUUGUUUGGACUCUGAUACUCAACAGCUUUUAGAGAGUUCAUCUGAACAAAAAAAAUCACCUCCUAGCUGUACAAACAAUCACCCUCUUUUCAGUCGUAAACGGAGAAAUGAACAGGUCCCAUGCCAGUCCAAGAAAAGUAUAGUCAGGCUGAUUUAUAACUUGAUAAUGCUAAGUGCAAAAGCUGCAUCUUGCCGGGUCUACAGUAUCUUAAGAGGGAACUGGGAUCAGAAAAUUGGGGCUUGGGUGACCCUGUUCCUGUUGCUUUUUGGUUUUACAUUAUUAAUAGGUAUUUCCUGCCUGGGACUGUUUGGUGUAAAUAAACUGCAGCUGUUUCGUGAAAAGUGGAAUGACUUCUCCAUUUGUGAUCUCAUUCAGCCUAACUACUAUCCUGGAAACUGCUGGCCAUUCCCUGGAAAUCGAGGAGAAAUUGUUGUGAGGCUUGCCAAGGAAAUUAUUCCAAGAGCUGUUACAAUAGAACAUAUAUCUAAGAAAGUUUCUCCUACAGGAGAGAUCACCAGUGCUCCCAAAGAUUUUGUGAUUUAUGGACUAAAAGAAGAGAAGGAGGAAAGGGGAACUUUUUUAGGUCAGUUUGUUUAUGACAUUGAAGGAGACAUAAUUCAAACAUUCCAACUGAAGAAUGAAUUUCCUAAAUUUAUGGGAUAUGUAAACCUGAAUGUACUAAACAACUGGGGCCACCCUAACUACACAUGCAUAUAUCGCUUCAGAGUCCAUGGAGAUAUAGAGCACACCUAAGUGUUCCAUACCUUUACCUUGCUGGGUUAAUAAAAAGUAAUAAAGCAUGAUGCUAAAGUGAUAAA